AUGAGGGUCGGAUGGGUUACGUCUACCCGUCGAGUCUUGCGACACCAUGUGAAGACUCCACGGCGGCUGCUGUCGACGCAGCCUCAACAUGAUUUGCUUUCCAAGGCAACCCGCAACAUAGGCAUCAUCGCCCAUAUCGAUGCAGGAAAGACGACUACCACUGAGCGGAUGCUCUACUAUAGUGGUGUGACGAGGCGAAUAGGAAAUGUUGACGAAGGCUCAACAGUAACCGACUUCCUCCCGGCUGAACGAGCACGCGGCAUCACCAUUCAAUCUGCAGCGAUAACAUUCCACUGGCCUCCGCUACCACCAAGUACUCAGACUCCACCACCUCCACCGCAGCUACCAGCUUCGUUCGACAAUGUUCCACGAUCUUCAACUUCUCACAACAUCAAUCUGAUCGACACACCCGGCCAUGCAGAUUUUACUUUUGAAGUGUUGCGUUCGCUCCGUGUCUUGGACGGCGCUGUAUGUAUCCUUGAUGGAGUCGCCGGCGUUGAAGCGCAGACGGAGAAGGUAUGGACGCAAGCUGGAACGUACCAUAUUCCCAGAAUCAUCUUUGUCAAUAAGUUGGACCGCGUAGGUGCUGCCUUCUCACGCACUGUCAAAGAAAUAGGUGUUAGGUUACAUGGAUGGCCAGCUGUGUGCCAAAUACCAUGGUGGAAGAACGGUAACGGCGAUUUUGUUGGAGUUGGUGAUGCCAUCAAUCUACGUGGUAUGCUCUGGCAAGCGGGUGGCGAUGGAAGGGAUAUCCAAGCUUUUGGGCUAGAGGAGCUGAGCAAGACCGACGAAAAGUUCGCAGAGGAGAUCAAGAAGGCGAGAGUAGCACUUGUUGAGAUUUUGAGCGAGCAUGACGAUGUCAUGGUUGAGCAUUUUCUGGAACACGAUGAAGAUCAUUUGGCUAUAUCUGGACUACAAAUCAUGCAGUCAUUACGCCGAGUCGUACUACAAGCACCGCAGAAAGUCAUACCCGUCUUCGCUGGUGCUUCAUUCCGCAACAUUGGUGUCCAACCGCUACUUGACUCGGUCGUCGAUCUCCUCCCAUCUCCACUGGAACGCCCCGAUCCUGAGAUCAGCAUCUCUAAUCAAAGCAGCACCCUCGCUACCCUUCUCAAUGCUGCCACAGCAGCACCAACGAGAACGACUAAGCCAUCAAGGAAACAGCAGAAAAACGAUGGCGAACUAGCCGUUGCAGAAGUCAAGAACCUCAACGCAUGUGCUCUCGCCUUCAAAGUGGUCAACGACGCGAAACGCGGCGUCUUAGUUUACGUGCGUGUCUACUCAGGCUCUAUUGACCGGGGUGCCAUCCUCUACAAUACGAACCUAUCCCUUGCAGAACGUGCGCCCCGGCUCCUUGAGAUGUACGCAAAUGAUGCCGUUGAGGUAGACAGUAUUGGUGCCGGCCAAAUUGGUGUCAUCCCCGGAUUGAAACAUGCUAGAACGGGAGAUACACUAAUUGUAUACCGUGGUCUUCAGAUGAAGGGAACACCGUCGGGCGGUCUGGACACUCUACAACUCCGACCCAUCGCCGUCCCACCACCAGUCUUCUUCACGAGUAUCGAACCGAACAGUCUCAGUGAACAAAAACAUGUCCAGGAGAGCCUCGCCAUCCUGCUGCGAGAAGACCCGAGUCUCCAUCUGUCCGUCGAUGAGGAGUCUGGCCAGACGCAUCUAGCAGGCAUGGGCGACCUCCAUCUCGAAAUUGCUCGAGACAGGCUCCUCAAUGACUUCAAAGCCAAAGCGCGUAUCGGCAAAAUUGAAAUUGGAUACAGAGAAACGAUCACAACGAUGACAGCCACGGAACCGUUUACAUACACUCUUGACAAGCUUGUCGCAGGGAAACAAACAAAAGCCAGCAUUACCGCCUCCGUCGAGUCCGCGGAAGACGGUAAUCUCAUUCCCCUCAGUCCACCCCAGCAACAAGAACGGGAAAAGAAAGUGCAGGACAAUCCCUUCGAAACCAUCUACAACCUCCCUGAUAACAACACCCUCCACAUAAUUCAUCCCGAUCUCUCCACCUCCGACUCCGCUAGCCACAAAACACACAUCCCACCCCAUCUCUCCCUACCAGGUAUCCUACACUCUCUCCAAGCCGGUGCAAGCGCAGCUCUCGCCCGUGGCCCUUUCAACGGCUUUCCCGUAGCCAACACCUGCGUAACUCUAACUCUCGACGCGAAAUCCCAUCUUUUCCCCGAAACAUCACCAACAGCGAUUUCCAUGGCUACCCGCGCUGCGGUAUCAACUAGUUUGAGACACGCCUGCGAUGCCGCACCAGCAACGCUCAUGGAACCUGUUAUGAACGUGACCAUCUUCGUGAACGAGAACAAUAUGGGCGCGGUGGUACAAGAUAUCUCUUCUUCACGUGGUGGUCAGAUCUUGUCACUUGAUGGGUCGGAUGAUUCGAUGAGUUCCACGACAACAAAUGGCGACGAAGAGGCGCUACCGCGUAUUGAUCCUGCGCUCAUCUACACUCCUCCAGAUCCUUUUGCAUCGGGAACGGGGGAGAUGGGAAGCGGAUUGAGUGAUAGUCAACGGCAAAUUGUGGCAAGAGUACCGUUGAAGGAGAUGGUUGGUUAUUUGAACCAACUUAGGGCUCUGACAGGUGGAAGAGGCACGUUUGUGAUGAGUGUGGAUGGAUUCGAGAAGAUGGGAACGCAGAGGCAGAAGGAGGUGCUUGAUGCUUUGCGCGAGUUUUAA